AUGAUAACUAAUACUAGCAAUGAUGGUAAUACACCUCCUCCCCCUUCCCCUUGCCCAGUUGAUGUCAUCUCCUCUGUAGCCAAUGCACUCAAUCUUACAGGAGUGCAGAAUAUUUUAAUAGUUAUAUCAGAACUUGCUGAGAUGCCUGCUGCGCGUGAACCUAUCUUUUGGCCCAGUAUUAGGAAGCUGUAUGCAUCAAACUGGGAGCAGGCUAUGAAUUAUGAGGUGAUUAUAGGACAGGUGGUGCCUAAUACUCCCUCUACAGUCACUGCCCCCACUGCCUGCUGUUCAGACUAUAAGUACACCAAGGCAGCUAAUAACAGCCCUACACCUAGACCAUCUAAUUUAAAGAAGGCCUGUAAGGGCAAGACCACUGCUAGCAAAGGAACUACUACGGGCCAGCAUAAUAAUAAAGAAGAAGAAGUAGAGGAGGAGGAUCAGCUACUAGUAGUUAAUAAUAACACUUUGCAUUUAGCUCAGGUGCUUAUAAUGAGGAUUAGCAUGGAUUUUACAGCCCAUAUGCAUGCGUUGGUUACAGGGCGUAAUAAUAAUGAUGAAGAUGAUGAAGAUGAUGAGGAUAAAGAUGACAAAGAUAAGGAUGAUGAUGAUGCUACUAAUACAGCCAUAUAG